CUCAUUUAUAAAAUUCCAAGGAAGGAAUAAUCAACGACAGUCGGCAAUUGCUAAGCUACAAAUCACCAUUGAAUCAUAUCAUCAGCAAAACGAAACGCAAUGUAUUACAACCAUCCUUUGUUCAGUUUCAACGUUAAAAUGUGGAAAUAUUUGGGUUUCAUAGAGUUCAAGAGAAUCAAUCAGGCUUUGCUCAUACUCAUCAUUCCGUGCCUGAUAAAUUUGUGUCAGGUUAUGAAUAUCGCCUACAACUGGAACGACAUGAGCGUUAUUGCCAUUGGCCUAUUCAUGACUGCUAUUUUAUUUAAUGCUCUGGUGCGUAUAACAACCGUGAUGAGGAAUCAAUCGAAAUUUAUAGAAUUUUUUGAAAUGAUUGAAAAAUGGUAUCGAGAAAUUGAGAUGGGGUCGGAUGAAGGAGCAUGGGAUUUAUUGAAACAUAUACCGCGAAGAACGCGUCUUAUUUCUAUUUUAAGUUUUUCAUUUGCUGCCGGGGCAGCUGUGGCUUCAGCAACAAUUCCGCUGUUUGUGGAGCAACGAAGUUUGCCAUACGAUAUGCACAUCCCGUUUUAUGACCACCUGAAAAGUCCAAUGUACGAAAUCCUCUAUUUUAUGCAGGGUUUCAUCUCGAUGCCCUUUUGUGUGCUGACUUAUGUUCCCUUUACAAACCUCUUCAUUGCCUGGCUAACAUUUGGAAUAAGUCUGCUGCAGAUUCUACGUUACAAAUUAGAGUCAUUGCCACAUGAAAAUGAUGAGGAAAUGUUGAAACAAUUAAUUGAAUUGAUACGAUUUCAUCAUCGAAUUAUUAAUUUUGGCCAGACAUUGGAAAGUUUGGUAUCGUUUGUAUGCCUCGUGGAAUUGGUAUUAUUCACCCUAAUGUUGUGCGUUCUCCUGGCCAGUUUUCUAGUGAUGGACAAUGUCAUGUCGAAAAUAGCAACAUGCAUUUACAUAUUUUGCAUUCUCUAUGCCCUGUUCAUUCCCUACUGGCAUGCCAAUGAAUUUUCAUGGGAAAGCACAAAAAUUGCCGAUGCUGCUUAUAAUAUAAAAUGGACGAGAUCCAACAUUAAGAUACGAAAAUGUAUUGCAAUGCUAAUAUUGCGCAGCCAAACUCCGCUAAAGAUAAAGGCUGGUGGAAUAUUUCCUAUGACUUUGGAGGCAUUUCAAGCUUUGUUGAAUACCACAUAUACGUAUUUUACCAUGUUCAAGGGAAUGAUGGGGAAAGAGCCCAACGUGCAUGAUAGGGACCAGUAAAUUAUGAUUAUGUUAUUAGCACAGCACGUUUUUGUAGUUCAAUUAUUAAUAGUUUUUGCACUGGUCACCGUUGAAAAUAUAUGAAAAGUUCAAUGAUUAUAAGUAAAAAUUAUGGUUGACUACUAUAAACAAAUACCCACCCUUUUCAAUCACUUCUCACACUUGAAACAUGUUAACAACUUGUUUGAUGGCCUACUAUCGCGUUAUUUGCUUACAAUAAACGGUAUGUUCAUCCAAGUAA